AUGUGUGCAAAAGCAUUACCUUCGUUCACAGACGAAGACCAGGAUCUGCGUAAGCAGAUAGGGUGUAUGAAUGGGAUAUUUCAGCUCUUUGAUCGCCACCAUUUCCCAACACGCCGGCGCAUCAGCAGCCAAAACCACAAAAGACUACUUCCAGGUGCUCACCACCACAAUAUGAACCCUAGACAUGCAACAGAAACAGUAAAGGGAAAAGAUUUGGAGGAGGCGCGGAAAGAGUCGAGAAUCUCCUUUGAAUCAUCGCGAGCCUCAUGUUCAUCUUCCUCCUGUUCAUCCAUGCUUUCAUCAUCUGAUUCCAAUAAAAUGGCUCAACCAGAAGCUAUUUCAUUCAUUCCAAAAAAAAAUCGUGAAACCCCACAUCAAACCACAGCCAUGAAAGAACAAAAUACUUCAUUUGCCACGGGCCAGCAGUCCCUUGAUCUCCGGGAUGUAGUGAAGGAUUCAAUGUACAGAGAAACCCGUGGCUUGUCCAUCAAAUCUAAGGCUAAAGAUGAAAGAAGAGGCUCUGUGUUGAAGCACAUUGACUCUCCCAGGCCUUCUCAGCAAUUCAAAACUGGACAGUCAUGGGUUGCUGUUUCUAAUGGAUCAAUUCAGGAUCUUGGUAAGCUCCAGGAAAUAACACAGAAAUACAAGGAUGAGCGGCCGGCACUUCCUCGUUUCUCUUACGAUGAAAGAGAAUCACGAGAUACAUUGAAUUCUACCAUUCAGCGCAAAGAACUUCCCAGGUUAUCGUUGGACAGUAGAGCUAGUACUGUGAAGAGUUCAGCCCUUCAAUCCAGAUCAAACUUUCUUUUACGGGAUCUGCAUAUAGGGAACGAAAACUCCAGCCAAGUUCUACCCUCUAACCAAGAACCAGGAAGUAACAAAAGAUCAUCCAAUGUUGUGGCAAAGCUAAUGGGCUUGGAAGCCUUCUCAGACGUUAUUUCCACAAGUGAGAGCAGGAUUAUAAAGAUCAAGUCAUGCGCUGACAUAGAUUCUGUUUCAAGAUCGCCAAAACCAGCUGGCAUGGGCAAGCACACUCAAGAUUCUUGUUCCCCACGUGUUUUGCAAAAGGAUCCUGCCUCGUCAAACUUGGGUAAUGCCAAUUCAGUCAUGAAACUGACUUCAUGCUCAAGGUUUCCACCUGAACCAGCUCCAGGGAGGCAGCCAAAUACUAGUCAAGGCUCUCGAAAGCAAGCUUUAAAAAAUAGGAAAUCUUCUGCAAUGACCCCAAAUAUGUCCUCUGUUUAUGGUGAGAUUGAGAAAAGGAUAACAGAAAUUGAAUUCCCGAAAUCUGAUAAGGAUCUCGCUGCCCUAAAACAUAUUCUUGAAGCAAUGGAGAAAACAAGACAAAGGUUGGAGAACAGAAAAGGGGACCUCACCGAAUCUGCAUGUCAAACAAGCAGAUACAGUGUGGAGAACAUUAUCUCUGAUCUGGAUUUUAGAUUGUCCAAGCGGCAGGAUCAACGGAUUAACCACCAAGUUCCCACCGUGAAGGGGACCAUCCCUCCAAAGACUUCUAUUAUGAUCAUGAAACCAGCCAAAGCGUUUGACAAAAUCAAGAUUUCAAGUUCUUCUUCGGUUCCAGCUCCAGAUACAUGGCAUUUGCAAAAACUCAGAACUCGGGAUUCUACACAUAACCGGGAGAGUUCAGUUCAAAAAAAUCCAGGAAAAGAUUUUACGCCAAGGAAUAAUCUGAAAGAUCCUAGUUGGCAUAUUCAUUCCACUGAUAAGAAUAUCAAUUGGAGAACUUCAGAAGUACAGCAAACCUCAAAACCACCUCAAUGCAUUAAGAUAGAAAGCCGUGCUACCAGUGGAAGGAGUUCUGGAAUGGCGAGUUCAAGAUUAAAACAGAAGAAGCAACAAUCUCAUCCCACCACCCCACCAUCUGACUCGGGCAUGAUUAAAAAGAAAUGUAAUAAGCAAGUCGUAGCAUCGGGUCACUCAAAUAGAAAACUGCACCUGAAAUCAACCAAUCUGCAGCAUAGUUAUGACCAACUGAACGAGCGCAGUGGUGACACAAGAUACUCAAGUCACCAAAGUGAUACAGCUUCUGUGAUGUCAGAAAGCAAUAUUAGUCUCGUCUCACAGAUAGAAACAGAGGUCGUCAGCUUGGCUCAUUCCAUUGAGAUGAAUGCCAAACAGAACCAAGAACCUAUACAUAGGAAUUCUGCAGCAAGAUUGAGGGAAGACACAAUAACAGCUGAACUUGCAACAACUAUACUGGAACAACCAAGUCCUGUCUCAGUUCUUGAUGCAGCAUUUUGCAGAGAUGACUCACCAUCUCCUGUCAAGAAGAUAUCAACUGCUUUUAGAGGUGAUGAAAGUCCAAAUUUUGACGAGGCAGAAUGGCAUGUCGAGAAUCUAAAUGGUUUACCAGAUCACAAAAGAUUUCACGGGCACAGUCGCAGGAAGUUAGAUAUGAUUGAGGACUUGGUUCAUAAGCUUAGAUUAUUGAACCCCACUCCUUAUGUGGAUACUCUGGACCACAAUACAUUCAUGUAUGAGAGCUCCAAUCCAGUUCUGCAAUAUAUUACAAAGAUAUUACUGGCAUCAGGACUCCUCAGAGAUGUAAUACCAGUCCCAACAGUCAAUCAGCACCACUCGUCAUACCAUUUGAUCAACCCUGACUUGUUUGAUGUCCUUGAACAAACUGAGCAAAACAUGAAGCUGGAAAAUGAAGAACUUGAUGACAAGAAUGCUUGGUUAAAAUUUAAUCAGAAAAUUCACAGAAGAAUUGUUUUUGAUACAGUCAAUGAAAUUCUUGUUCACAAAUUUGCUUCACGGGGAUUAUUCACCCUGGGACGAGAAAAGUUGAACCAAGAAGAGCUUCCAAAAGAAAUUCAUUUAGAGCUGAAUCGUCUUCAGAGAAAGCAAUAUUGCAGCCAAGAUGACGAGGAUGAUGGAUUUGUGAGAAUUUUGAAGGAAGAUAUGAUGCAUCAAUCGGCAGAUUGGGCAGAGUCCACUUGUGAGAUCCCAGCCUUGGUAUUAGACAUUGAGCGCCUAAUCUUCAAAGACCUGAUUAAUGAGGCAGUCAUGAGAGAAGCUAUUGGGCCUGCACAAUUGACCAAGGAGGCAUUGCUGAGUUGCAGAGAACUGUUUACCAUUGAACGUCUUCCUUUUUUCCCAAUGACCUGCAAUGGCAUUCCUUCAAACUUAAACGUUGAGAGGAUUAGGACGUGGAAUGAGGGUGGCUAUGGAAGACGCUACACUCCCAUAGGAGGCGAAGGACCGAACCAAAGCGCGAGAGGAGGUGCUGGCACACCGCCUGGGGCAGAGAGGCAGCCUGUAGAUGCUGCUGCAAGGGGAAAUGAGUGA